UCUUUAUCGUCAUUCCAAUUUUCAACCUGAAAAGAAAAGAACGUCGUGUGCGUGUUUUGAUGGCGCGAUAAGUGAAAAAAUAAAAACAGUUUUCGCAGCUUUGUGGAAUACAAUUGGUGGCAACACGAGUGCGUUUAAAGUUUAAAGUUUAAGUGAAAAGUAGCAGUGCAAAAUAUAUAUAUAACCGAUUGAAAAAGUGCAACAAAAACCAUAAAAAAGAACUUUAACCAACGGAAAAUCACACUUCUGGAAUAAUUUCGGGCCGUUUUUAUUACCUAAUUUAAAAAUAGCUGCGAAAACAUUCCGCAUCCACUGGUGACUACUCCAAAACCAAUGCCAACAAUACCCCCAGAAAUCCUCCAACAUCGAGUGGCUUACGCAUGCCUUUGAAUUUGCAAAUUCGCAUCCGAACAGCAGCCAGCAAGAAUCAUCGCAGGAAACCCUAUGGAUGACCCAUCAAUCAAAAAACGGUUAAUCGAUUUGUAUACUGACGAACAUGAAUACGAUGAAGUUCAGGAGCUGCCAGAAGAGUCAAGCAUUCAGCCCCCGGAGUCAUCAGCGAGCCACACAAGCACGAACGGUGUCAGCAACUCAGACCCUGGAACUGCAAGUGGAGCAGGCUCAGCAGCAGGUGCGGUUGCACCUCAGUCACCAGCCAUUGUUGUGGACUCAGUUCCCGAGCUGCCAGCGCCCAAGCAGAAAUCUGUAAAGAACUCCAAGAGCAAACAGAAGCAGAAGCAGUCGGCCAACAAGUCGAAGAUACCGCGAUCCCCGUCGCUGGCGAGCAGCCUCAGCAGUCUGGCCAGCAGCCUGAGUGGUCACAGGGAUCGGGACAAAGAUCGGGACAAGGAUCGGGAUCGGGAGAACCAGAACCAGAAUUCGGUGCCCCCGCAGACGCCGCCGUUGCCAGCGAGCUACAAGCAGAGCCAGAUGAAUGGUGACACCACAACUGUAGCUGGUGGUGGUGUCUCUGCCCCAGCCACGCCCACAUGCGCGAACAAUAACAAUGCCAGCAACAACAACGGCAGCAUAAUGGGCGGCGGCGUGCAAUCGAAUCAAUCGGACAACACCAGCACCGUUCUCCAGGCGCCAGGGGAGCGGAGUAGUCUCAACCUGACACCCCUCUCCCGAGAGCUGGGUGGUGGCCAUGCCCAGGAGCCCACGACGCCUGCGACACCGCCGCCAACGCCAUUACCAAAAAAUUUUCAGUAUUUAACUCUGACUGUGCGCAAGGAUGGCAACGGAUACGGCAUGAAGGUUUCCGGAGACAAUCCUGUAUUUGUGGAAAGCGUUAAACCCGGCGGUGCAGCCGAGAUUGCAGGCCUGGUUGCUGGCGAUAUGAUACUAAAGGUGAAUGGCCAUGAAGUGCGCCUGGAGAAGCAUCCAACUGUAGUGGGUCUUAUAAAAGCCUCUACAACUGUUGAACUUUCGGUGAAGCGAAGUCAGAAGCUAACACGACCCACUUCUGUGUCUGUGGUGACGCCCUCGACACCGAUUCUUUCCGGACGAGAUCGCACUGCCUCCAUAACUGGACCACAACCGGUGGAUAGUAUCAAACGGCGGGAGAUGGAGACGUACAAGAUCCAGACGCUGCAGAAAAUGUUGGAGCAGGAGAAACUCAAUCUGGAGCGUUUGAAGAGCGAUCAAAACAAUCCGAGCUACAAGCUGUCGGAGGCGAACAUCCGUAAACUGCGCGAGCAACUCCAUCAGGUGGGAGCCGAGGAUGCACCGACUGUUAAACUUCAGGCGGCCGCCGGCAAUAAGAACACAGCAUUACUAACGCCCAACCAAAUCCAACACUUGUCUGCGUCCGCCACUCACAGCAAUCAGCAAUUCCAUCAACUUCACCACCACCACAAUCUCCACAACAACAAUUAUCCGCCUCAGCAACAGCCAGCUAGCACCUCACCCGCAUUCCUGUCCCUCCUGCCACGUUCCCUUUCGUCCUUGUCGCUGGGCACGCGCAAAAACAAGAUCGAGAAGGACCUGACAACCCCUUCUCCGUUCGGCCUCACGGACUUCCUGCAGCAACAGCGCCUGAGCCACCAGGCGGAGGCCAUGUCGCAGUCAAUGCAUCAGCACACCAGCACUCCAACCUCGCAGCAGACGUACUUCCAUCCGCAUCAGCAGCAACACCGAUUCAAGGAUUCCGGAGCGUCUUCGAAGGGCAAAAACAAGUUCCUGAUUUCAAGGAGUUUAAUCGAGGAGGAUGUGCCGCCGCCACUGCCGCAGAGGAAUCCUCCCAGGCAGUUGAACCUGGACCUUAAGAAUGGAAAUGGAUCGCCAGGCGGCUCGCAGCUGGUGGCCCCUGUUUCGGAUCUCGAUCGCGCCACAAGUCCCCAGUUGAACAGAUCGCAGCAGCAGCAACUGCCCAGCAGCACAGACAACAGUCCGAGCAAUGCCAAGUCCAAGCGAUCCAAGAUAAAAACGAAGGCACUGUCCGAUCCCAAGAUGUCCACCCAGAUGUUUCUGCAAAUGGAAUCGGCCUGUGCGGCGGGAGCAGCUGGAGGAUCCAUAGAAGUGGAUGGAGGUCCACCGCCGCUGCCGCCUCGGUUGCCAGGAAUGAUGACGGAGGAUAUGAGCCGCGGCAGCUGUCAGAAUCUCGCCCAACCCAAUUCCGUGGGCACUGCGUUCAACUAUCCGCUGGUUUCCACCACAACGGCGGUGCAGAACGACAACCUAAAUAUCGCCUUUCCCCUGUCCCAGCGGCCCAACAUUGUCCAGCAGCUGCAGCAAUAUCAGCAACAGCAGCAACAUCAGUUGAGCGGUGGCCAGGCCACAGGCGCUUUGGGACAGACACCGAAUUUGGGAAAGAACAAGCAUCGUCGCGUUGGAUCUUCACCCGACAAUAUGCAUCCACGUCAUCCGGAUCGUUUAGCGAAAACUACUUCGGGCUCGUGGGAGAUUGUCGAGAAGGAUGGCGAGGUCUCCCCGCCCGGAACACCACCUCCGCCAUAUUUAUCCAGCUCGCAUAUGACCGUCCUGGAAGAUCCCAACGAGAACUGUCGCGGGGCAGCAGCGGCUGGACCAGGAGUCUUUAUCGAGUCCCAUCAGUUUACGCCGAUGGCAGCAGCCUCUUCUCCAAUCCCGACGUCCCUACAUUCCGGCCAUAUACAGGCGGCCCAGUCGAACGACACGCAGAAGGAGAUCAUAUCGAUGGAAGACGAAAACUCCUCAGAUAUGGAGGAGCCCUUCAUUGACGAGAAUGGGCCGUUCAACAACCUGACUCGUUUGCUGGAGGCUGAGCACGUCACUUUCCUGGCCAUCUUCCUGAACUACGUGAUCUCGAACUCGGAUCCCGCGCCGCUUCUCUUCUACCUGAUCACUGAGCUGUACAAGGAGGGCACCUCCAAGGACAUGCGCAAGUGGGCCUACGAGAUCCACUCCACAUUCCUCGUGCCACGUGCUCCUUUGUCGUGGUAUCGCCAGGACGAAUUGCUGGCCCGCGAGGUGGAUAAUGUGCUGCAGUUGGAGUUCGACAAGGUUGAGAUCCUGCGCACCGUCUUCCUGCGCAGCCGCAAGCGGGCCAAGGACCUGAUCAGCGAGCAGCUGCGCGAGUUUCAGCAGAAGCGCACCGCUGGCCUGGGCACCAUUUACGGACCCACGGACGACAAGCUGGCCGAGGCAAGGACGGAUAAGCUAAGGGAGCAAAUCAUCGACAAAUAUUUGAUGCCCAAUCUACAUACGCUAAUUGAGGAUGAGAACGGUUCGCCGCCGGAGGAUGUGCGUAAGGUUGCCUUGUGCUCGGCCCUUUCCACGGUCAUCUACCGAAUUUUCAACACUCGUCAGCCUCCGAGCAGCAUCGUCGAGCGGGUCCACCACUUUGUGAGCAGAGACAAGAGCUUCAAGUCACGUAUUAUGGGCAAAAAUCGCAAGAUGAAUGUUCGUGGUCAUCCAUUGGUAUUGCGUCAAUACUAUGAAGUGACGCACUGCAAUCAUUGUCAGACGAUUAUCUGGGGUGUGAGUCCGCAAGGUUAUCAUUGUACAGACUGUAAAUUGAAUAUACACCGCCAAUGCUCGAAAGUAGUUGACGAGAGUUGUCCCGGUCCCUUGCCCCAGGCAAAACGUCUUGCCCAUAACGACAAGAUCAGUAAAUUCAUGGGAAAAAUUCGACCGCGCACCAGUGACAUUACUGGAAAUGAAAAACGCAGUCGACAGGAUGAGGAUUUGGACAUAGAGUUGACUGCAGACCGUGGCCAGCCGUCGAUAGUGCGUCAACCUUCAGAUCGUCGGCCGGAUGCAAACAUAUCGAUACGGUCGAAUGGGAACACAUCUUGCAACACUUCGGCACUGAAUACAACUGACCUGCAGAGUUCGUUUCACGGCAGCUGCGCCAACGACAGUAUUAACCCCGGUGGUGGCGCCGGAUGCAACAUGGAUCUGUCCACGAGUGUGGCGUCUACGGCGCCGUCGAGCAGUGGAUCCGUAUCCGCCGGCCUGAGUGCGUUUACCGAGCUAAAUGCGCUGGAUGCAGUGGACAAGGAUGCACGUAGGGAGCGCUACAGUCAGCAUCCGAAGCACAAAAGCGCGCCAGUCUCGGUAAAUCGGUCGGAGUCCUACAAGGAGCGCUUGUCUAACAAGAGGAACCGCAACAGUCGUCGCAAGACCUCUGAUCCAAGUUUGUCGUCGCGUCCCAACGAUGAGCAACUGGACUUGGGUCUUGCGAAUGCCAACUAUGUGGCCAGUUCCAAUUCUAGUCUCUCUUCAGCUGGUGGCAGCGAGAGCCCCAGCACUUCGAUGGAGCACUUUGCUGCGGCCGGAGCUGCCGGUGGCGUCCAUGUUCCGCCGAUUGGAUUGAACCAUAGCCAACAUCCACACCUGCUCAUCCAGCAGCAUGCCCAGCAGUACUGUCAGCAGGAUUCCUUUCAGGCCGGCUUGGCAGGAGCCGGGGGAAGUAGUGCUGCCAGCAACUCUAGUUUCUGGAAUGCCGGUCAUCCAUUGCCUAAGCCAUGGAACAUGGAGAGCGACGACGAGGAUGAUGUCAACGAGGCCGACUGGAGUUCAAUGGUGGCCGCCGAGAUGCUGGCAGCUUUAACGGAUGCCGAAAAGAAACGUCAGGAGAUUAUCAAUGAAAUCUAUCAAACUGAACGCAACCAUGUGCGAACCCUCAAGCUGUUGGAUCGACUGUUCUUCCUGCCACUCUACGAGAGUGGACUGCUGUCGCAGGAUCAUCUGCUGUUGCUGUUCCCACCCGCAUUGCUCUCGCUCCGUGAGAUUCACGGCGCCUUCGAGCAGCGUCUAAAGCAGCGACGCAUCGAGCAAAACCAUGUGGUGAACACCGUGGGAGACCUGCUGGCCGACAUGUUCGACGGCCAGUCCGGAGUAGUUCUAUGCGAGUACGCUGCUCAGUUCUGUGCCCGCCAGCAAAUUGCCUUGGAGGCCCUGAAGGAGAAGCGCAACAAGGAUGAGUCGCUGCAGAAGUUGUUGAGAAAGUCGGAGUCGGACAAAGCAUGUCGCCGGCUCGAACUGAAGGACCUGUUGCCCACUGUGUUGCAGCGCCUCACAAAGUAUCCGUUGCUGUUUGAUAGCCUUUACAAGGUGACUGUGCGAUUGCUGCCGGAAAAUACCACCGAAGCGGAGGCCAUCCAGCGAGCCGUGGAAUCCUCAAAAAGGAUUCUCGUGGAGGUCAACCAGGCCGUUAAAACAGCCGAGGACGCUCACAAAUUGCAAAAUAUUCAGCGUAAGCUAGACAGAUCCUCCUAUGACAAGGAGGAGUUUAGGAAGUUGGACCUGACCCAGCACCACCUGAUCCAUGACGGAAACCUGACUAUUAAGAAGAAUCCUGGCGUUCAGCUGCACGGCCUGUUGUUUGAAAACAUGAUCGUUUUGCUGACCAAGCAGGAUGAUAAAUACUAUCUGAAGAACCUACACACGCCGCUGAGUGUGAACAACAAGCCCGUCAGUCCCAUUAUGAGCAUCGAUGCGGAGACUUUGGUGCGCCAAGAGGCGGCCGACAAGAAUUCCUUUUUCCUCAUCAAGACAAAAUCAUCACAAAUGCUGGAGCUGCGUGCGCCGAGCAGCUCGGAAUGCAAGACUUGGUUUAAGCACAUAUCGGAUGCUGCUGCCCGCCAGUCCAAGAAUCGUUCGAAGAACACCUCGAACAGCCAUGACACCAGUAUCAGUGACCCUGCUCUCACCGCUAUCCCCCAUUCCAGCACCAAGGAGUCGUUGGAACUGACCACCGACUGUGCUCAGCCAAUGGCGGCGACAGCCACGGUGACCACCACUCCCUUGGCACCCAUGCUACCGAUAGCCACUGUUACGCCGGCCCCAGCGACCAAUAACAGCAAUGUUAGUUCCCUUACCGGAGUGCAGCUACGAAAUCCGCAAAAGGAGCUGGGAGCAAAUGAAUCUGAUGCUGAUUAUGUAAACACACCGAAACUGCGGUCGAGCCAGAAUGAUGUUAAUCGCUCUAUGUCAAUAAGAAGCACUGGGGAGCCCAGCCAAAAGUAUUCCGCAACUGGAUCAGAGGCGAACGACGUCACUUUACGCCAUUCUCAGUCGGCCAGGGAAUCCGUUAGGCCGGGAUCGACUGGCGAGGAAAGAAACUCCACCUAUGGAUUGGUCGGUGGUCACUCCAAACGCGAUAGUGCCAGUAUUGUCUGCUCGAACAACUCGAACAACACGCGCACCCUACUGAUGCAGAGCCCCUUAGUGGACCCCACGGCCAUUCAGGUCAGCAUCAGUCCAGCCCACACCGCGGAACCCGUGCUGACUCCGGGAGAGAAACUUCGGCGGCUAGACGCCUCCAUUAGGAGUGAUUUGCUGGAGAAGCAGAAAAUCAUUUGUGAUAUUUUCCGUUUGCCAGUGGAGCACUACGACCAGAUUGUGGACAUUGCCAUGAUGCCAGAGGCACCGAAAGACAGUGCAGAUAUUGCCCUAGCUGCUUACGAUCAGAUUCAAACCCUGGCCAAGAUGCUGAACGAAUACAUGCACGUGACUCCCGAGCAAGAGGUCUCAGCAGUUUCCACUGUGGUUUGCGGCCACUGUCACGAGAAGGAAAAGCUGGGCAAGAAGGUGGCACCAUCCUCUUCGUUCUCCUCAUCUCCGCCACCGCUGCCGCCGCCAAAUAGGCAGCAUGCCCAGGCCCAGGCGCAGAUACCGCCAUCGCGGUUGAUGCCCAAACUACAAACCCUUGAUCUUGACGAAGUUGCCAUACACGAAGACGACGACGGGUACUGUGAGAUCGACGAACUGCGCUUGCCAGCGUUACCGUCCAAGCCACAUGAAAGGCCGACAACGCCACUGGCUCCGUUCAAAACAGAGCCGCAGACUUCACAAUCGGUUGUUGUAGAGUCGACGAAACGCCAAAGCACGGAUGCUGUUCCUGAGAGUCUGCCGGUGGAGAAGGAACAACCCAUGGCAGAGGCGGAGAAGAAGAUGGCAGAGAAGGAAGUUGAGCCGUCAGAUUCACAACCUACUACAAGUGAACCAUGCAACCAAGAUAAGCACAAUGCGAAGGCGGAGAGCACCAAGGAAGAGGGAGAUUUGACGAUAGCUGAUAACGAGGUUUCGCCUGCUGCAUCAACCGACGAACUAAAAUGUCAAAUUAGCGAAGUAGCUACUGCAGAAAACGAAGAGAAACCUGUGGUGGACAAAAAAGAGGACAUCGACAUGGCCAUCGAGCAAGUCAGAGUUUCCAAAGUCGAUAGUUCGACGCAGACAUCACCAACAGAGGCGCCAAAAGAUUCGGAAAAGUUACAUGGAGGAUCGGGCAGCACCUGUGGGCCGAAUCGCAUCCAGCACGCCAGUGUGCUUGAGCCGAGUGUGCCAUGCCAUGCACUCAGCAACAUUGUGACAGUACUGAAUGAGCAGAUUUCCAUGCUUUUGCCAAAAAUUAACGAACGCGAUAUGGAAAGGGAGCGAUUGCGUAAGGAGAAUCAUCACCUCCGCGAGCUUUUAAGUGCGCUGCAUGACCGACAGCGAGUUGAUGAAGUAAAGGAAACUAAGUUUGAUCUUUCGAAGCUGAUGCAUGCUGAGGAUGUAGAGUUUGACGACGAUAUUGACGCCAUUUCCAACAGUUCGCUGACGCCAACGCCCACGCCGGUUCCCACGGCCACGGCUUCACCCAGCCAGGUUCAGACACCGGAAGCCAUGAGAGUUAACAGCACUGAGGAUGAGGAAUAGGAAACUUGUUUAAUUUUUUUUUGUAUAAAAUACAUAUUUGUUCUUGUUUUCCCCCACGCAUUUGACCAAUUGAAUUGGCGGCGUCUGUGUUUUACGAGUAGCCUUUCUUAGAGCAUGCCUUUUACUACUGUUAAUGUAGCUUCAUUUGUUUUCCUAAAAUAUUAUGUAUUCCACAAGAACCGUAACACUUUGAAUUAAGCCUAACAAUGUCCCCUCGUAAAACUAAUUAAAUACAUAUAUAUAUGCAUAUUAUCGACUUAAAGAAUAUCAGCUAAAUACACAAUGUUUGAUACAUUUAUAAAGAACAAUAAACUAUAUAGUUAUUAAGAAGAA